AUGGCUACUGAAGUCCUUUAAGAAUUAGAUGGUAUUCAAGACAUGGAUAGAUUCAGAAACAUAUAUAUAAAAUUGAACUAAUAAUUUCAAGCCUCUUAUGAAUCAGAAAAACAACUAGUUACAAAAUGCAAUGAAUUGAAUGAAACGAUUUAUACAAAUGAAACUAGAGUCAAAGCUGCUAUCUUUUUGGCGAAAGAAGACGAACGAACCAUUAAUAUCUUGAAAAAGGAAGUUGAUAAGGCUUGGAUACUGGUCGAUAAAGUUAAGGAAAGAGAGUUGGAUCAUAAAAAGAUUAUUGAGGAUUUGAAAAACUAAUUAGAUACAUAGAACAAAAAUUAAGAAGGUGCAUCAUGUGUAGAUUAAGUUGCAAAUAAUAGUGAUGUUGAGAGGCUGAAUGAAGAGUUGAAAAAAGAAUGCGAAGAGAAGACUUAGAUUAUCAAAGAACUAGAGACUCAAAAUAUCAGUGAAGUCGAACAGAUUCAGAUGCUCUAGAGUGAUAUCAAUAAAUUGGAGCUUGAAGUCUAGGAAGGUAUCAACGAAAAUCAGCAACUUUAAGAAAUUAAAGAGGAAAAUUGA